CGAUACGGAAACGGUCCAGAGGCUGGACUAGAAGCUCACGCAAACUCUCUGCACACCGUCAGCAUAAAGAUCGACUGCCGUGCCAUUGUCUGUCAGCAGUCGUCAGGUAAGGAACGAAGCUACACGUACCGAAUUAGAACCAGGACAAAGUCUGAGAAUUCAAAACCAUCAUGACAGUCCAGCUGUACGUUGAUAUGAGAUCCCAGCCAUGCCGUGCUGUGGUCAUGUUUCUGAAGCUGACGGAUAUUCCACAUGAGCUUCAAUACAUCGACAUCUUUGCGGGCGAGCACAAGAAGCCAGAGUUCGCGGACAAGUUCCCACUCCAAACACUUCCAGGACUGAAAGAUGGCGAUUUCUACCUCGGUGAAAUGGUGGCUAUAUUCCAUUACCUGAUCGCCAAGUAUGCCAACAAGAUUGAGGAUCAUUGGUACCCUAAGGACCUAGAGGCCCGUGCACGUGUGGAUGAAUACAUCGCCUUUCAUCAUACAGGCACUAGGGGCAAGUGUAUGGCACUCUUCGUGGCUGAGGUAUUUGCUCCUGCUAAGGAUAAGGAAAAAAUCAAGACUGAGGCAAAGAAUCUCAAGCAAGGUCUGGACAAGAUCGAGACGUGUUUCCUGAAAGAUAAUAACUUCCUCUGUGGCAAUGAGAUAUCGAUCGGUGAUAUUAUGGCUGUUUGUGAGUUCAUGCAGUUCACCGUGAACGGUCGUGACAUCUUUAAAGACAACCCCAAGAUGAAGGGGCACAUGGAUAGAGUGAAGGCCCGUCUCCAGCCAACUUUCGAUGAGAUCCAUGCUAAGAUAUAUGCUUGGGGAGAUUCGCUCCCGAAGGAUGUUUCAUGUCGUUGUCUUAUUAUGUAGACAUGUCAUUCGGGUUACGCUUAGGCUACACACAGGUGGGACAAUAAAGAUGAGAUUUUGAACACAUAUCGUACAUCGUAUUUGGCUGGUUUUAUUCAUCGUAAAAUUCUCAUGACUCUGCCAAGAAGUGGCGCUAUACCUCUUACAAAGUAGACCUUCCGAAAAUUGAGAUUAUGACACGUUCUGCUUCUGAAAACCGAUCCUCAUUUCGUACUGCCAUCAUUAAGACCCAUUUCACACUACAAUCAUAACAUCAGGAUUUAGCCAACAUCGCAAAUUUAUAAAAAGGCGACGUUCCAAAACUAAGCCCUGAACCGUAAAGGCUCAUACAGAUAUGACGCGGGGAAAAACAGCCGCAAACAAAACCGCCGUUGUUUUUUUAAGUGUACAAAAAUGGCAACUACGCGUAACAAUAGACUUGCGCGAAUCCACUGAACUCUUCAUAACACGCAGAAAUGUGACGCGUAUUACACUUUACGGCAUUGUAUUAAAUAAACAAAAACGCCGCGGUUUUGUUGUUUCAUUUCUGAAGGUGGUUUAACAGCGUAUUUAUAAUAAAAUUGAAGUUCGAUGUCUGGAUUGAAGUGCAAAUGUUUAUAUUUAUUGUAAGAUCUGGGUUUAUUCAUAUAAUAAUUGUGUGUAUUUCCACUAACAUUUAUUAUAAUGGCAUUAUCUUUAUUCAGUCUGUUCCCAACUUCACUCAACCAAUGCUAUUUUAGUUUCUUAGAGGUUCUUCUUUUCGUUUUAUAUUUCCACUGUAAAAUACAUGUCAAACAAAAUAAAAAUGUAAUAAAGUAGACUUGCAUGAUCAAAAAUAAUAUCAACAAACAUAGUAGGUUGUUACAAUUUGAUAUUGGCGUCAUUUCGAUUGCGCUAUUACACGAAACAUGUGAAUUAUGGAAAAUAGCGCAUGGGCCAAUAAUUGAACUUAAUGGAUCCGGCUGAUGCAUCAAAAUGACAGAUCGCAUGCAGGCAUGCGUUAUCCAGUAGGCGGUCAAACAUCUCCAAAUGCAUUUUCAAUUUUACUUGAAUUUGGUAGACAAUCUUGAGUUUAUAUAGUAAAUCCUUAUUUUUUAAUAAAGUCUAUAAUUAAGAAAA